AUGCCGCGAGCCGACUACUACGCCUUGCUCGGCAUUCCCAAGAAUGCCACAAGUGAGGAGAUCCGGAAAGCCUACAAACAGCAAGCGCUGCGGCACCAUCCGGACAAGAACCCUGGCAAUGUGGCUGAAGCCACCGCCAAGUUCAAGCUCGUCUCGGAAGCCUACUCCGUGCUGAACGACCCCGCAAAGCGGGCUGCUUACGAUGGUGGCAGCCUCUCAGGCGAUUGUGCGGCUGAGCCCGCCUUCACUACGUCGAUGGCCCACAACCUUUUCAGGGACGUUUUCGGUGAGGACUUCGCCAAUCGCCUGGCCACGGCCGCAGGCGAUGCGAGUUCCGCCGUCGCGGAGACGAUUGACCGCGUGGCAGACAGUGAGGCCUUCAAGGCAGCAAGAAGUGCCACAGUCAUCGGCCUCCACAAGGUGGGAGAGACGGUGGGCUCAACCCCAGUCGUUCGAAACGCAGUGGCUGCCCACUUGGGUUCAGUCACGGAUCGUGCAAACGCCCAGGUGGCAGACAAGGAGCGGAGCGAAGCGUUGAGCCGCAAGACCCUGGAGCACUACCGGGCCAGGCUCGAGGAGCACAAGGCGGCUGUGACGAAGGUUCAAGAUGCUCGAGAGGGCCGCGAGAUGAACUGGUGGGACAACAUGUGGGAGUGGGUUCACGGAGAGCAGGCAGCAGCGGAUCGCAGAUACGAUAAAGCGGCGGCGAAUGAGACAAAGAAGCUGCAGGCACAGCUCCUUUGGGCCAAGACGGCCUGGCACCGUGCGGUGGGCGACCUUGAGGAGGCGCGGCGGAUGGCACUUGAUGCCGAAGAGAAGGAGCUUACAACGAUGAAGGACGGAGUGUCCUGGAAGGAUGCUGCAGACGCGGGUGCCUUCUUCGUCAACAGCUUGUUCAGCCGUACGGGUGGACCCUCUGGACAAGCGGUGCAGCGGAGGAGCAGCAGGUAA